CCAGGCUGUCCUGGGAUGUUCACCUGUUACACAUCUUCCUGCUGAGUUCGGAGGAGUGUGUAGACGGACAGGUGAGCCAGCACACAGGAGUGAUCAGAGGAGCGUGGAGACAGCACACAGGCACAUAAAUGGCAAACUUCAAAGGUCAUGCCCUGCCCGGCAGCUUCUUCCUGGUUUUCGGCUUGUGGUGGUCCGUGAAAUACCCCCUCAAAUACUUCCACAGCAAAGGGAAAGGAAACUGCCGCACCAGCAAAUGUUACCAGCGCCUGGAGCUUAUUGAAGGAAUAAUGAAAGUUUUCUUCACUGUUGUGGGCAUGUUGGCGGAGCAGUUUGUACCAGAUGGCCCUCACAUGCAUCUUAUCGACCAGGACCACACCUGGGUAAAGCUCAUGAAUUGGCAGCAUACAACGAUGUACUUCUUCUACGGCCUCUCCGGAGUGGUGGACAUCUUGACGUAUUUCCCUCUGAGAGUCCCAAAGGGAAUGGACCGCUUGUCUUUGGCUUUGGCUGUUUUCAUUGAAGGUCUCCUCUUCUAUUACCAUGUCCACAAUCGGCCGCCGCUUGACCAGCACAUUCACUCCUUGCUUCUCAUAGCUGUGUUUGGGGGGUCUUUUAGCAUCAUGAUUGAAGUGUUUUUGAAGAACAACAUUGUCCUUGAAUUAUUCCGCACCAGUUUAACCAUCCUCCAAGGAACCUGGUUCUGGCAGAUCGGGUUUGUUCUGUUUCCACUUGGAGGAGCCCCUGAAUGGGACCAGAAAGAUCAUGAAAAUAUCAUGUUUAUCACCAUGUGCUUCUGCUGGCAUUAUGCUGUUGCUUUGUUGAUAGUCGGUGUCAAUUAUUUCUUAGUGCACUGCUGUUUACGGAGGAACAAGGGGCAGGUUGGAGAAAUGAAUAUUGGGAUCAAGAAGAUAAAUUCUCACAAUGCAGAGUCACAGACUGCUCUUCUUGCAGCCUCUGACGAGGAAUAAAUAGGGACUUGCAGACUGUUAAUAUGGUUAUUGACCACAAAUGAUGAGGCUGCCAUCCCUCCAUCCGCUGUCUAGCUAUUUAUUCAGACUGAAUCCUCUGGUACAAUAGCUUUGUCAGCCUCUGGCUGAUGUUGCCCUUAUGAAGACUUCCAAUGUGGAACGAAGAACAAUUUACACACAAGUUCUAUGAACCUCAUGUAUAGAAAUUUUAUCUGAUAUGGACAUUGUACUAAAUUGACUUAUUGCAAAAGUAAUUCUUUUAAUCGGCACAAUGUUAAACUGAAGACAUUGUAUUUUUUUUUAUGUUUUGUUUUUGAGCGUGGAAGGAAACAUUUAUUAUAACAGCAGUGAAUUCUA